AUGGCGACAGUGAGAUCGAUCAAACAUCUUGGUGGUAUUGGAUUGAUUGGACAGUUAGAGAAAUGUGUUCAAAUUUACGGUGAUCAAGUCACAGAAGAAAGAGCUGAGAAUGCUCGUCUUUCAGCAUUCGUUGGUGCCAUCGCAGUUGGUGAUUUGGUUAAAUCUACUUUAGGUCCAAAAGGUAUGGAUAAAUUAUUACAAUCUGCUUCUUCAGAUCAAGCAUUAGUCACAAAUGAUGGUGCUACUAUCUUAAAAUCCAUCCCAUUAGAUAAUCCUGCAGCAAAAGUUUUAGUCAACAUAUCAAAAGUUCAAGAUGAUGAAGUUGGUGAUGGUACAACUUCAGUUACUGUUUUAGCUGCUGAAUUAUUAAGAGAAUCAGAAAAAUUAAUAGAUCAAAGAAUUCACCCUCAAACUAUCAUUGAAGGUUUUAGAAUUGCCACACAAGCUGCUCUAUCAAGUUUGGAAAAAGCUGCUAUAGAUAACUCAAAAGAUUCUGACAAAUUUUACGAAGAUUUAUUAAGUAUUGCAAGAACUACACUUUCAUCAAAAAUUUUGUCACAAGAUAAAGAAUAUUUUGCUAAAUUAGCAGUUGAUGCCAUUUUACGUUUAAAUGGUUCUACAAACUUGGAACAUAUUCAAAUAAUAAAGAAAAUUGGUGGUAAAUUAUCAGAUUCCUUCCUAGAUGAAGGUUUCAUUUUGAACAAAAGAUUUGGUAACAGUCAACCUAAAAAAAUUGAGAAUGCUAAAAUCUUAAUUGCCAAUACUUCAUUAGAUACUGAUAAAGUUAAAAUCUUUGGUGCUAAAUUCAAAGUUGACUCCACUUCAAAAUUAGCUGAAUUAGAAAAAGCCGAAAAGGAAAAAAUGAAGAAUAAAAUUAACAAAAUCACCAAAUUUGGUGUCAACUGUUUCAUAAAUAGACAAUUGAUUUAUGAUUACCCAGAACAAUUAUUCACAGAUGCUGGUAUUAACUCAAUUGAACAUGCUGAUUUCGAAGGUGUUGAAAGACUAGCUUUAGUUACCGGUGGUGAAGUUGCAUCUACUUUUGAUAAUCCAGAAUUAGUUACCUUGGGUACUUGUAAAUCUGUUGAAGAAGUUAUCAUUGGUGAAGAUGUCAUGACUAAAUUCUCAGGAUGUGCAGCUGGUCAAGCUUGUACUAUUGUUUUGAGAGGUGCUACUGAACAAGUUUUGGAUGAAGCUGACCGUUCUUUGCAUGAUGCUUUAUCAGUCUUGUCACAAACUACUAAAGAAACAAGAACCGUUUUAGGUGCCGGUUGUUCAGAAAUGAUUAUGUCAAAAGCUGUUGAUACUGCAGCCCAAAACGUUGAUGGUAAAAAAUCUUUAGCUGUUGAAGCUUUUGCUAGAGCCUUGAGACAAUUACCAACUAUUUUGGCAGACAAUGCUGGUUUCGACUCAAGUGAGUUAAUAACUAAACUAAGAUCUGCGAUCUACAACGGGAUGACUACUUCAGGUUUAGAUUUGGAUAAUGGUGUCAUCACUGAUGUCAGAGAAUUGGGUAUUGUUGAAUCAUACAAAUUGAAAAAAGCUGUUGUUGGUUCAGCUGCUGAAGCUGCCGAAGUGUUGUUAAGAGUUGACAACAUCAUCCGUGCUAAACCAAGAACUGCCAACAGAGCUUAA